AUGGCCAGCGGCCCGCGAUCCGCUCAGACUUACCAAUGCCACGGAGACGACGAGCUUCCCGGCCUGGUGCAAAGAUUCUGGCAACAGGAGGACAUGAGCUCCGCGGCUCCUCCACUCACGACUGAGGAACGGGAGGCUGAAGACCACUUCGCGCGGACGCAUUCUCGUGACGUCAACGGUCGGUACGUGGUUCGACUCCCGCUCAAGCUGCCUCUCCCGGAUCUCACGGGCACAAGGCGCUCCGCAGCCCGCCUGCUCGGGCAGAUGGAAAGGAGGUUCGACCGAGAUGCUCAACUGCGGCAGCUCUACCGCGACUUCAUGCAAGAGUACGAAACCCUUGGCCACAUGACGCUCGCUCCAUCAUCCCGUGACCAACCAAAGCCCGAUUGCUUCCUGCCACACCACGGCGUGAUGCGCAAGGCGAGCUCACCACCGAAGAUCCGGGUCGUGUUCAACGGGUCCUCAGCGGUCGCAUCAGGAGCAAGUCUCAACAGGCACUUGAAGACAGGGCCAAACCUGUUGCCUGCCUUGGCCGACGUGUUGCUGCGGUGGCGAGUCCAUCGCUACGUACUGGCGAGCGACAUCGAAAAGAUGUAUCGCCAAAUACUCGUAGCCCCUCAGGAUCGCCAUCUGCAGCAGAUUCUAUGGCGUCACGACAACCAGACCGCCCAGCAAGAGUUCGAGCUAAAUACAGUGACGUACGGGCUGGCGUGCGCCCCGUUCCUGGCAAUGCGCUCUCUGCGACAGCUCGCCGAUGACGAGGAGGCCCGCUUCCCCAGGGGAUCAGCCGUCCUGCGCCGGGAUGCCUAUGUGGACGACAUCCUCACGGGCGCAUCCUCCAUCGCAGAAGCACUGGACCUUCGGCAGCAGCUGACGCAACUGUGCACGGCGGGCGGGUUCCCGCUGCGAAAGUGGUCAGCAAAUUCUCCCGGCCUGCUUGCCGACAUCCCACCGGAGCACAGAGCACAGCGCGACUUGCGGGCGUGGGCCCCGCAUGAGAGUCACGGCACUCUCGGCCUUCAAUGGCACCCGAGCAUCGACGACUUCUCCUUCUCGACCAGGAACAUCGCUGUGGUUGUCUACACCAAGCGGUCUGUCUUGUCGUUGACGGCUCGCCUAUUCGACCCACUGGGGUGGCUGGCUCCUGCGGUUAUCCGGGCGAAAAUCCAGUUCCAGUCGACCUGGUUGCUCGGCAUCGAUUGGGACACCCCGUUGGACGACACCAAUGCGCAACUCUGGCGCAGCUUCCAAGCCGACCUGCACAGGCUGGAGGAGAUUCGCGUUCCACGGCAUGUCCAACUCAGCAGGUCAAGCUCCUCGAUCGAGUUCCAUGGCUUCGCAGAUGCAUCCGAGCGGGCGUACGCUGCGGUCGUCUAUGUGAGAGCGGAGACCUGCGAGGGGCAGAAAGAGGUAAAGUUAAUUGCAGCAAAAACCAAGGUCGCGCCGUUGAAAACGGUGUCUCUCCCACGACUGGAGCUCUGCGCGGCAACCCUGCUUCGUCAGGCUAGCUGCCCAUGUCCAGCGCACGCUCGACCAACCGAAUAUUCCCGUCCACCUAUGGUCCGACUCCACGGUCGCACUGGGCUGGAUCCGUGGCCAUCCGUCGCGCUGGAAAACGUACGUCGCGAACCGAGCCGCCGAAAUUCAGACGACUCUGCCAGAGGCGGCGUGGCAUCAUCUUCCUGGACCGGAAAAUCCCGCCGACUGCGCAUCGCGGGGAGUUUCCCCAGGCGACCUGGCCGGGCACCCGCUCUGGUGGACAGGGCCCCCCUGGCUUCAGGAGGACAAGGCCGCGUGGCCGACAUUGCCGGACGAGGUGAUCGACGACGACCCUCCAGAGGCGCGCUCAAGGACUCACGCUGUCGCGGCGCCAGCAGGAGAGAUCGGCGAGGCGGACGAACUCACGCGAUUCUCGUCACUAAACCGCCUGCUACGAGUGACAGCCUGGUGUCGCCGAUGGAUGCCUUAGCGACCCAAUGCUCGGCGUCCAGAAACGGAGGUGAAUCAGCCGCCAUCCAGGACCACUCUUUCGGCCGCUGA